AUGCAGUUCACAAACACCCUCGCCGUCGCCGCCUCCCUCGUCGCCGCCGUCUCCGGCGCCGCACUCCCCCAACCCGUCACCUCCUGCCCGGGCGGCGGCACCACCCCCGGCCUCCCCGCCGACGCCAAGUUCCAGCUCUUGGCCCUCGGCCUCCCCGGCGAUGUCUUCCCCAUCUUCCAGGCCGCCCUGGGCAGCAUCUUCCUCGAGCUGCCCAACCAGAACGCCACCUGCGACAACACCGACGACGACAACUUCGCCACCUUUUACCUGAACCAGACCGACGGCGGCCUCUACCUCUACGGCCCCGCCGCCGCCCCGCAGCAGAUGUUCACCGACCGCUCCGGCAUGGGCCAGGGCAAGUUAGGCUACAUCAGCGGCGACGUGCACGCGCCUCGCAACGCCGAGGUCACCGGCUGGCAGGUGGACCAGUACGGCGUGCUCACCCUCAAGGGCGCGUCUUUCCUGGCCUGCCCCCACAGCAUCGAGGACAGCUGGUCCGUCUCGGUCGCGACCGGUGUUGACCCUGUUGGUAAAUCUGGCUGCGUCGGCAUUGUUGUCGGCACCUUGCAGAUCGACGAGCUCGACAGCUGCAGCUACACCCCUUCACCUUAA